AUGUCGACCAACUUCAACGUGUUAAGAUACUCCCUCUUGGGUGCCGGUGUUGUCUACGGUGCCUACCACAGAUAUAGCUUGGAAAGCUCUGUCAAGCAAGAACACGCUGCUAACGCAUACGCUCAAGAAGCGAAGUUGAUCAACAAAGCCAAAGCCGAAUAUGCCAAAUUGAACGCCCCAAAAACUCCAGUGGCCUCGACAGGCUCAAUUAAUUGGGAAGAUCCAAACUUGGAUAUUGGAAGUGCUUUGGAAUCCUUGGUGGCCAAGUUAGAAUAA